AUGGUCUUGAUUCGAUCCAGUUCUGUGGCCAUUGUGCCAAGUUCGGUCCCGUCCCCGGGCCUAGUAAGUACUAGAUAAUACAACGUAAUUCUAAUAAUCGAACUGGAUAAAUGAAUCUUUUUUAGUUGACCCGGACUUACUCGGUCCCGAGUCUCUCAACUUACAAACCCUUCUGGCCAAACUAUUACUCCUAUUGGAAUACUUACUAUCCAUACGGAACUUACAGUACCUACAAUCCUUAUCGCUAUUAUUACAGUCCCUAUUACAGUAAUUAUUACCCAAAAAGAUACUAUUACAGUGACUACAUUCCAUGGUACACCUACGAUAGACCCUCCUAUCGAAGUUAUCUGUGAGUUUCCUUGAUUACAAUUAUUUACAAUUUAAAUUACUGUAUCUUAGGUAUGAUUAUGGAUAUUAUGACUAUCCGUACUACAGAAAUCGAUCCCAUUAUCCGUAUUAUUAUGACUCCUAUUACAGAACUAAUUACAUUUCUCCUUACCGCUCUUAUUACUACGAUUGUAAGUGCAUUCCAGUGGUAUGAACAAUACUUUCAGACAACUACUACUGA